AUGGCGUUACUGCCGCCGGCAUCAGCAGCCGCCGGGGGCUGUUCACGUUCCUUAACAGAGAUACCAACUGCGUUUACAAAGAGAUUCGCAACUGGGUCGUUAAUAUGUGGCUUGUCGAAAAUGAAGUUUGGGACCUCUUCGGUGGUCUUGCCGCUUCGUGGCUUGACGCCUAUGGGGAGCCCUCUGUGUCAGAUGCAUAGCCGUGGAGACGUGGCUGCUACAACAGCUUGUCGCAGUUUCGCUCGUAUGCGUAGGACGCGGCAGCAGGAGCCACUUGUCCCGAGUGAUAGGAAUUCCACGGAAGAUGCAGGCGCUGAUGAUACGCUGACAGUUGUACAGCGAGUCCUGGCGGCAGCACAAGGCCUAGCUACACCACGUGGCAGCGCCUUCUGGGCGUUACAGCGAGAGCAAGUGCUAAAGUUGCUGGAGAAGGGGCAGCUUUCGCUGUCCACUGCUUCCCUGCUAGUUGCAGCUUUCUCAAGGGCGGGCGAACUGACGCCGCCAGUAGCCACUGCAGUGGCCCGAAAACUAGGUAAGGCAUUCCGAGCUGCCGCGCGAGGAGGCGCUGCUCCCCUGCUGCUGGAGGAGAAGCAAGUUCCCCAAGAAGAGGCUUUGUCGGAAGCCGAUGAAGCGGACUUUCGAGUCCAUUUCUCAGAUGCUGCGACAGUUUUCCUUGCCAUGAAAGAAGCAAACUUGCUGACUGACCGCUCCGUGGAAACUGCAGCUCAAGCACUGCUGCAGGAGUUGUUGAACUGCGUGCAGCCCCAGUGGGCCGUUAUGACCUUCAGUCAGCUGCGCCGGCUGCUGCUGCUGUUGGGGGCCACAGCAGAGCCUUUGGGCCUUAGCGCAGUAACAGCACAGGAGCUGCUAACAGUGACAAAGAAGCAGCUGAGGAAAAUGCAGAAAAGUCGCCAACUGGUCGAGGAGAGACGCUUCGGGGAAAGUAUUGCAUUGCUUUGGCCCUUAGCAGCCAUUUCGGACGCCCUAAAACUGCCGCUUCCGGAUAAAAUAAGUCACCAAGCAGCAGCUGGCUUCUCUGCAUGGAACAGCACAGAAGAUGCCAUGGAGUUGCUAAGAAGAGAUAGAGACAUAGUGUUGCAUCUUUUGAAAGACCAUCUUUACCGCGCGAUUUCAUCUCGGCUGCCCUGCAGUCCCUUCGACCUCGCGCUUGGCUUUGUUGGCUUAGACCGACUGGGCCAGCAAAUAAGUGCAGAGUACGUAUUGGCCGCCUUCUCUGCAGCAGCCGGAGCGGCGACUGCUGAGCAACUUUGUCGUCUAGGGAGGGACAUCCUGUUGACAGGAGCCCGCCAAAAAGCUCUGUGGGAUGCAUUCGCCGUUGCGGCGGAUGCUGCUCUCCGGCAACUGCAGCAACAAGAUGUAGGUGAACAGCGAGGCAGUAUACCCGAGUUUGUCGAAGCAGAAUUGCGUCAGUUGCUACACUUUUCUGGCCGAACGAAUUAG